AGCCAGAUGAAUGUACAGAGUGACUGAUUUGCAAUGAAAGUUCCUACACCGCCACUCGGCAGCUAUGCUGAGGAUCUAGAAACAGUACAUCUCAAGAGAGGUUACAGUAAGGAUUGGAUGAAGAGAGGUGGAAGCAACUGGGACAAACAUAUGAUCUUUGUUACUGGAAUUAUUUUUUGGGCUGUUUAUAUGGACCUUUUUGGACUUCUUUGACUAAUAACGUUAUUUGAUUACUGAUGACGUAACUGAUGACGUAUAUGAAACUAUUAAAUUAAACAUUGAGAUCUGUAGCAGUGUAGACAGUAAAGGAGACUUUUUCCGGCAGGAUGUUUUUAUUUACAUUCUAUAGAGCUGUCUGUAUUUUUGUGAUAUUGUGAACUUUGAUGACUAUUGACUAGUGUACAUGAUAACUUGAUAACUUGAUAACUUGAUAACCAUUUUCGUAACUUAUGUAAAGCUGAUUGAGAUAACUACUGUAUCUAACAUUAUUUUUAGUAUCGUAUGUAAAACUAACAUAGCAGUAUAACCAUAUUCGCUAAAACACCUAAUUAAAAAUAAAUAAAAUGAAAAGUUCUUUCUUUUGAUACCUAUAGCAGCUAUUUGGGAGCUCCUAAAUAACCCAUAAUAAAUUUAAUUCACCCAACGAAAAUGAACGCAUAAAUAAGAUAUUCAGUCGUCUUUAUUCGCAUAUUAAAAACAGGCAUCGAAGGAAAGGUGACUGGUCGGUGAAACACGGUGAUGAAGAUAGAAGAGGGAGAUCACACUGGGCAGGAACAGAGAUCUUCUUUCAAGAGAUUAUUUUAUGUCAACAGAAAAGACUUUACAGUCACAGUCCAGCCAGAUGAUGGAAAACUCAGCAAAGUGUGGGGACAUGCUCUGACUACAAUUGUUAGUAAAAGCACCUCAACAGAUAAAGAUGGCGAUUCAUCAAAAGAAGUUUCCCAAGAACCCCCAAUCCCGACGGAAACCCCUUCUUCUUCCAGCAACGGCGAGGAAGAGGAGCUAGAAAAAUCUAACAGUAGUGGGACAAGGAGCCGCGCUUUAGGACUCAUCAGCAAACUGCCUCUUACAGGUACACUGCUAAAGAGGUGGGGUUCAGUGCAAGAAGAAGAGUUCAAACUGCCGGAGCAGUACGCGGAGAGUACGGAAGAGGAAGCGAGCGAGUAUGACCCAGAUGCAGUGUACAUUUUACCAGUAAUCGGGGAGGAGCACAUCUUCGAGAAAAGAAAGACGAUAGUAUUAAGACGCGAUAUUUUCAACGCAAAGCAUGUCAAGUCCACCUUCAACAUAGUGGACAAGAGGAACAAGUUUCACUUCCGGGUGGAGGCUGAGUUGUACGAUCUGAAGAGGGAGAGAGUUCUCACAGACCAAGAAGGGAAACCUACCAUGGGGCUCAGGUAUGACUUCAUAGAGAGUUCAUGGCACGUGUUAGGAGGACACAAUCUGUCGGAAAGAAGAGCAGUCGUGUCAGUUAAGAAAAGUAUCUUCGGCAACAGUUGCCACGUGUUCGUACAUUUGCCACCCUACCCGCGCGAGUUUGAGCAACCUGAGCUGGACGGAGUAAAACCUCUUCUCAAGAUAAUGGGCAAAUCUAUCGAGGACGGUUUUCAGAUAAUGAAUAUACAUGAGGAUAAGCAGUGGGCUAGAAUAAAGAAGGAUCUGGAAUAUCUUACCCACUGGACCUUCGGGACGGACAGCUUCUACUUGGAAGUUGAACCGUACAUAGACACAGCGUUGAUGAUUGCAAUAGGUAUCAUAAUGGAAGAGGAAACUACAACUGAAAGGGAGCGCCCUUACAUCACAGGUAACCUCUUCAAAGAUGUAAUGCUACAAGUUGCUGAUAAUCUCUACCGCUAAUUCUGCCUCGGAUCAUCAACUACCAACGUCAUUUCUAAGUCUAAAACGGUCAUCAGUUUGAUACUGAAGCUGUACUCUCGGAAUUAUGAACUAUGAAUUUUGGUUUAUUAUGUUACAGUUAACAAUGAGAGUUACUCGCUUGGGGUUAAGAUAUCUUUGAUUAUUAUUGAACAGGGACAUUUUUCUUUAAACGCAAUAUGAUCAAGAAGGAAUUUAAAUCGGAAAGAAUUCAAUUUUGAAUUAGAUGAUAUUUAAUUUUGUAAGUUCGAAAUUAUUUUUGUUUGUACGUAGUUUGAAAAAGAUUAUAAUUUCAAAAUUCGUAUAAAAACCUCGUGCGUAUUAAAACCAGCUUCUUGAUACGAGAAAGCAAUUAUGACUCUGUUCAAGUACACUUAUCAAAAAAUACUUCUUGAAGUGGUC